ACCACUGCCUGAUCUUUUCGGACCGAGUGUCGAUCACUGCUUCUAUUUUCACGGGCCGGAUCAUCCAGACUCGCCUGGUCACGAGAACACCUGUCAGCUAACGAUCACUUAACGACGACAGAGACGAAGUUUCAUCAUGUCCAAGCUCUUGAACGCCUACUCCAACUACCUCGCUAGGAAGCCCCUUCAGGGUAACGUCGUCACGGCCAUCGGUCUGUUUGGCAUCGGAGAUGGGUUGGCUCAGAUGAUCGAGGGGAAGCCUGGUUACGACUUUGCUAGGACUGCCCGAUUGUGCACCUGGGGAGGAGCCGUCUUCGCACCCCUCGUAGGAGGCCUCUGGUUCCCGAUCCUCAAUCGAGUCAACCUCGGUAACAAGGCCACGACCGCCAUCACCCGCGCUUCGAUGGACCAGUUCAUCGCCGCUCCGAUCGUCCUGGGUGGGUUCUUCGCCUUUGCGGGCAUGUUGGAGGGGAAGAGCGUGGAUGAUGUCAAGAAGAAGGUCGAGAGCUCCUGGUUGCCGACGUUGAAGACCAACUGGAUGGUCUGGGUGCCCUUCCAAGCCAUCAACAUGAUCGUCCCGCCUCAAUACCGAUUCCCAGCCAGUUUGGCCAUGAACAUUCCCUGGAACAUCUAUCUCUCGCUGCAGAACGCCAAGACGUCGUCGUCCGCGCCUGCAGCCGUCGAGCCACCCUCCAAGCCUGUCAAGGUCGCUUUUGGAGAUUAGAGGAUGAGGGGAUACAUGACAAGCUUGAGCAUAGGAUGGAUCUGCCUCUAUUUCUUGCGACAUGUACGAUAUCAUUUGCGGUCUCCAACGAGGUUCAUCAUGAGGG